AAAAAGAAAAAAGGGUACCUAUUUUUUGAAGAGCAAUCAGUCUAGUUUCCUUGUACAUCGACUAGUUUGCAAAAAUGAAUAUCACCAUCGAGUCGUUGCUUGCGGACGCUAAAUAUCUUGUUACAAGAUUGAAGGAUCAUGACAGCGCUGCUGAAAGUCUUGCCGAACAGGCUUCAACUCUCAAGAAAGAGAUGGAAGCGAGAAACACAUAUCAAGAAAAUUUGAUUGAACUGAACAAAGUUGCUGGACACAGACCAAGGUCUACUUUAGUCUUAGGUAUUCAGCAAGAAAAUAAUGCAAUUCGGUCCCUACAACAUGAGAAUGAUGAAUUGCGACAAAGUUUGACCGACCACCAGAACGCAUUGGAACUUAUCAUGACUAAGUACAGACAGCAGAUGAUGAAGUUCACUAAGCACCAAAACAUCCAGAUCACUGAAAACGCUUAUCAAGCAGAAAAACAAUAUCAAGAAGAGAAUAUGGAGCUAAUUGAUAAGAUUCACGAGAUGGCUGCUGUGAUGAGGCAUGCUGCGGAUGUCGACGAUGAGCAAUAUAUCAGAGAUUACGAAGAAUUAUCCCGAUUGCAAACAGAAAAUGACAUUUUAAGAGAAAUGCUAAUGAUAUCUAAGAGUUCAUUUGGAUCAAGACUUAUAACCACUGAACAGAAAGAUUCUGGAAAGACUGACAAACCAGAGAUUGAAUCUGAAAUGGUGCUCGCUGACGAUACUACUAGUGAUAAGACAGUUAUACAUGAGGGGGAAUCACCCUAAGACUACUCCCCAGACAGUUAUUUUAUGUGUUUCUAUCGAAACUCAGUACUGAGGAAAUAUAUUUGGUUCAUACAAAGUACUCUGCACAAGGCUGUAGGCUGUCCAGGGGUUCUGCAGGUUUGCAUUGAAAUCCUGUAGUCUAUAUCAGGGCUACUCAACUGGGGGGCCGCGGCCCGAUUUCGGACUUUUCGGGUAUUUGAUCCGAACGCAUAAUUCUUCAUUUUGGAUCAUUAGCCCACUUUUGAAGUUUCCUUUUAUAAAAUCACUUUUAUAGAUUUAAAAAUAUAUAUGAAAAGAACUAUAACACCAAAACAAACAAUCUUGAUUACCUAAUAAUCAUUAGUCGGCCGAGGAAUCGUGUGCUUGAGGAAGCCGAAAUAUGAUGUCUGGAAAGUCCGGACCCAAAUAUUUUUGAAGUUUUGUAUGCGACCUCCGGUAAAAAUAGUUGAGUAUCCCUGGUCUAUAUUAUUAUAUUUAUCUUGUUUUAAAUAUAAUUAAAUACACGGAUAUAAUAUAAUGAGUGUGUUUCAUGAGAGACUUUCAUUUUCUCUACAUUAGAGGUAAGAUCAAUUCCGGCCCAGGCCCGUGGGUAUGGAACCCGACCGAUGUCCGACUAAUUAACUGGAUUUGCAGGCCCGAGCCCGAAGCAAACCCGAAAUUUUAUAUUUUAAUCAGGAG